AUGUCCGAUAGCCUGGAUGUUGAAGAGAGACCUCCAGCCCCGCCGUUGAGAAUGAACAGCAACAAUCGCGAUUCUUCAGCACUAAACCACAGUUCAAAACCGCUCCCCAUGGCCCCUGAGGAGAAGAACAAGAAAGCCCGGCUUCGCUCCAUCUUCCCAGGAGGAGGGGAUAAAACCAACAAGAAGAAGGAGAAAGAACGUCCUGAGAUCUCUCUUCCUUCUGACUUUGAACAUACCAUUCACGUGGGAUUUGAUGCCGUCACUGGAGAGUUCACACCAGAUCUCUGUGGCUCACGGAUGUGCACAGGGAAGCUCCCAGAGGGCAUUCCAGAGCAGUGGGCCAGGCUACUACAGACCUCCAACAUAACCAAACUGGAGCAGAAGAAGAACCCACAAGCUGUUCUAGAUGUUCUCAAAUUUUAUGAUUCCAAAGAAACAGUUAACAACCAGAAAUACAUGAGCUUUACGUCAGGAGAUAAAAGCGCCCACGGAUACAUAGAAGCCCAUCCUUCGAGCACAAAAACAGCAUCCGAACCCCCGCUCGCUCCCUCUGUUUCUGAAGAAGAGGAUGAAGAUGAUGAAGAGGAAGAAGAUGACAAUGAACCUCCACCCGUUAUCGCACCACGGCCUGAACAUACCAAAUCAAUCUACACGCGCUCUGUAAUCGAACCCGCCGCUGCACCAGCACCAGCUAAAGAAGCCACCACUCCCCAGCCUGAAAACUCAAACACAAACACUUUGUACAGAAACACAGAUCGGCAGCGAAAAAAGUCCAAGAUGACGGAUGAGGAGAUCCUAGAGAAGCUGAGGAGCAUUGUGAGUGUGGGAGAUCCGAAGAAGAAAUACACUCGAUUUGAAAAAAUUGGCCAAGGGGCGUCAGGAACUGUUUAUACAGCAAUUGACAUCGCCACAGGACAGGAGGUGGCCAUAAAGCAAAUGAAUCUCCAACAACAGCCCAAAAAGGAACUAAUUAUUAAUGAAAUCCUGGUCAUGAGGGAAAAUAAGAACCCCAAUAUUGUUAACUAUUUAGACAGCUACCUAGUCGGUGAUGAGCUCUGGGUGGUGAUGGAAUACUUGGCUGGAGGCUCGUUAACCGACGUCGUUACAGAGACGUGUAUGGAUGAAGGACAGAUAGCGGCUGUCUGUAGGGAGUGCCUGCAAGCACUGGAUUUCCUUCAUUCAAACCAAGUGAUUCACAGAGACAUCAAAAGCGACAAUAUUCUUCUCGGAAUGGACGGAUCUGUCAAAUUGACUGAUUUUGGCUUCUGUGCUCAGAUCACCCCUGAGCAGAGUAAACGGAGCACAAUGGUCGGGACUCCUUACUGGAUGGCUCCAGAAGUGGUGACAAGGAAAGCGUACGGCCCCAAGGUGGACAUCUGGUCACUUGGGAUCAUGGCAAUAGAAAUGGUGGAAGGAGAACCUCCUUACCUUAAUGAAAAUCCUCUCAGGGCGCUGUAUCUGAUAGCUACGAACGGGACACCAGAGCUGCAGAACCCCGAGCGACUGUCCGCUGUGUUUCGCGACUUCCUGAACUGCUGCCUGGAGAUGGACGUGGACAGGCGAGGGUCUGCCAAGGAACUUCUGCAGCAUCCAUUUUUAAAAUUAGCCAAGCCUCUCUCCAGCCUGACUCCUCUGAUCAUUGCAGCAAAGGAAGCGAUUAAGAACAGCAGCCGCUAGCACUUCAGGCCGGCUUUCUCCCAUGCCAGCUCAGAGCAGGACUGAGAACAAAAACUCUAUAAAACCUCAACUCUUGUGCUGCAGGACAGAUGGACGGAUGAACAAACCAACGGUCACAGUCAUGGUGGUAGGAGGGAGAACAACCCAGUCCCUCAAGGAGUAAAAA